AUGAGUGCUGCAAACCGACACCCAGGAGAUCGUUCGCGCUCGUUGGCGUCGUCGACUGCAAGCCUGAGGCUCCGCGUGAUCGAGAUUGAAGUGGUGGAAAAGGAAGCGAAAAGUCCGUCUUGGCAGUUCCCCAGCUCAGGCUCCACCCAACGAUUGUGCGUUCCCGAUGCAGAUCUUGAUGGCGUUCAGCUGAACGAGCCCCGUGCGCUCUUAUCCGAGUGGCCUGCCAGCGCCAUCAUUGGCAACGACUUCUUGGGGAGUGUGCUCUACUCCGUGUCCAACGUUGCUGCCAAGGCGGGGAAACUCACUCCUGUUCCGCUUCUCAUGGUAACUAUUGUCGUGCAAUUAUACAAGCUCAUGUAUGCCGAGGUGAUCACCGCCAUUCCAAUGAAUGGCGGUACGUACAGCGUGCUACUCAAUGCCAUCUCCAAGUCCACGGCUACCAUUGCUGCCUGUUUGAGUAUCCUGUCCUAUCUGGCCACGGGGGUUAUUGCAGCAAUAUCGGCCGUCCAAUACCUCAGGACUCAGGUGAACAUUCCGACCGUGUGCUGCACAGUGGCUGUGCUCUUCGUGUUUGCACUGCUCGCUCUGCUCGGCAUUGUUACAAGCUCCCGUGUGGCCCUCGCCAUCUUCUUACACCACAUCGUCGUGCUGAGUGUUCUGGUGGUGUCGUGUGCGGUGUACGGCAUCAAGAACCCGCACAUUUUUCGAGACAACAUGAAGGCGGACUUCCCGGAGGUGGACUUCGCUGGGUCCAUGUUGGACGGCAACGCGUUCACUGCCGUGUUCUUCGGUUUUGGCGCUGCCAUGCUGGGUAUCACGGGUUUCGAGUCCUCCUCGAACUAUGUUGAGGAGCAGGCUCCCGGCGUCUUCCGUAAAACUCUACGAAAUGCAGCAUUGCCGACAACAAUUUUCAACACGACCACUGCGAUUGGCAUCCUUGCGGUGCUGCCACUCGGCGGUGACGACGGAAUCUACGCCAGCGCAGACGCUCUGCUAUCUAAGGCAGCAGAAGUGUCGUUGGGAAGCUGGUUCGGAACCUGGGUCAGUGUCGACGCCUUCAUCGUGCUGUCCGGUUCCGUGCUGACCUCGUACGUCGGCAUUUGCGGCUUGGUGCGCCGCCUAUCGACCGACCGCGUGUUGCCAAGCUUCCUGGCCAAGACGAACAAGUUGCGUGGCACGAACCACUACAUCAUCGGGUGCUACUUUCUGUUGUCGUCCAGUCUCGUGUUGGUGCUCAAUGCAGACACCACCAUCAUCAACGGCGUGUACACGUAUGCGUUCCUGGGCUUGAUGGCGCUGUUCGCGAGUGCCGGUAUGCUAUUGAAGGCCAAGAGACCCGAGAUCCCCCGCGACGUCACUGCGCCGUGGACUGUGCUGGUGCUGGGCUUCGUGAUGGUGGUGGUGGCGAUCUUUGCGAACCUGCUCGGCGAUCCGUCCGUGCUGAUGUACUUCGCGCUGUACUUCAUCGCCGUGGCCUUCGUGAUGUUCGUCAUGUUCGAGCGCGUCAUGAUCUUGCGCUGCAUUCUCGCGCUGAUGAAGAAGACGGCGCCGUCCAAGUACGCGAAGGGCACGGCCGUCAACUACUUCCGCACUCGCGAUACCCCCGAGGUGGAGCACACGGGCGCGCGGGGAGGACGCACGAUCGCCCGCGCCAUCGUGAGCAUCCGCAGUGCGCCGAUCAUCUUCUUCUGCAAGCGGCCGGACCUGACGAUCAUCAACAAGGUCAUCAUGUACGUGCGUCGCAAUGAGCAGACGCACACGCUACGCAUCGUGCACGUGUUCUCGGACGAAGAGACCGACGCGCCCGUGCUCAAGGCGUUCCGCAACUUGGUGGUGCUGUUCGACAGCAUGUACCCGAAGAUCCGCAUCGACUUCGUGUCUGUGCAGGGCGAGUUCAAACCCGCGACGAUCGAGUGGCUGUCGAAGAAGAUGGGAGUGCCGCGCAACUUGAUGUUCAUCACGCAGCCCGACAUGGUGUCGGCGGCGUGUGUGUCUUCCGUCGGCGUUCGCGUCAUUACGGCAUGA